AUGCUAACGUGCUCCAACGAUGCCACUUGCUACCUCUUCGGCGCUCGAGAGGUGAUCAGCUUCUGCCAUGUGCUGCUGUUCUCCGACCGAUCAGAAGUCACCAAAUUGCGUUUCCCAAAGAACACCUUUCAGCGACUCGUUCUCAACGUCGGUACAAAUGGUGCAGCGUGGUUUAGCAAGCGCUAUUUGGUCAUUAUCAAUCGCUCCUCUCGUUCAUCCAAGGCUUCGAUCGUUUGCAAACUCGCCACUGCUGCCACAUCGAGAGCAGGCUUUACACUGCACUUGCAGCUCUACUAUGAGCUCGCUCCGCGCUCCGGCCCUAUUCACUUUACGAUUGUCAACCUGGACGAAACGUGCACCGCAACCUUUGGCACAAAACCCACCCAAGAGCGUUUUGCAAAACACUGCAUACAAGUGGCUGUUGGUCCCAAUCUGGACGACUGGACCGAGCCGUGCACUUUUGACUUCCUCACGGUGGACGACUACCGCAAGACAGUGAGCGAUGAGCAGUUUCAGCUGGAGACGGUCCGCUCCCCUUCCUGGUGGCGUCCCACCUAA